CUCGCUACAGAACUUCAGCAAAGACAGUAGAGAAAAUCUUAUCUCCGCCAAUACUCAGAAUUCGUCAAUCAUCUUCUUCAUCUUCUUCUUCGCCCGAAUUCCUCCGUUUGAAUGUCGACCUCAUCUCUGUCAAUGGCCGCUCCUCCCUCGCUCUGCAACAAGACCCCCUCCUCUGCUCACUCCUUCGCCCCUACCCCCGUCUCGUUUCCCUCCCACUUCCCUCCAAAACCCCCCGCUCUCCACCUCCUCGCCCUCAAAUCCUCAGCCUCCGUUUUCGGCUCUUUGAAACUCAUCUCCAUCCCUCGCCGCCCCCUUCUUUCGGCUGCGUUCGACGGGUUCGAAUCCGAAGACGGCGUCGCGGGAUCGGAGGAAGAGGACCCAGAAGAGGCAGAGGAGCUGCUCGAGAGCUCUAACGAUGAGGAAGAGGGAGAGGAGAGCGGGGACGAGGAGAGAAUCUCGGGUUCUUCGCGUGGUUACGGGAGGUUGUACGUGGGGAACUUGCCUUAUUCCAUGAAUUCUUCUCAGUUGGCUGAGGUUUUUGAGGAGGCUGGGCGUGUGAUAAAUGUGGAGGUUGUUUAUGAUCGAGUGACGGAUAGGAGCAGGGGCUUCGCGUUUGUCACCAUGGAGAGUGUGGAAGAAGCUCAAGAGGCCAUUCGGAUGUUUGAUGGAUCUCAACUUGGUGGCAGAACAGUCAAGGUAAACUUCCCCGAAGUGCCAAAAGGAGGUGAAAGGGAAGUAAUGGGACCGAGGAUUCGAAAUAGCAACCGUAGCUUCGUGGACAGCCCCCACAAAAUCUAUGCAGGAAACCUUGGGUGGGGCCUCACUUCCCAAGGUCUCAGAGACGCAUUUGCUGACCAGCCAGGCCUGCUGAGUGCAAAGGUUGUAUAUGACCGCGAUUCUGGAAAAUCCCGAGGAUUUGGAUUUAUCUCCUUUGAAUCUGCAGAGGCCAUGGAGUCGGCUUUGGAUGCCAUGAAUGGAGUGGAGGUGGAAGGGCGGCCCUUACGAUUAAAUUUGGCAGCAAACAGAGCAUCUCCUGCUCCUCUGGACAGAAAUGCUUCAAGCAAUCUCGACAGCAGCGAAUUGAUUUCCAGCAUCAGCAGCUGAGCAAAUUUCACAAGUGUUGGCCUCCAAAUACCUGUAGAGUACUGAGGCGGCAUGAGAGGAAUUGGAGGAGAGGACUAUGGCCUGUAACUUUACAAUUCAACCACUUGCAAAACUCAGGUUCUGUGUGCUGGGGCAUUCGAUGACGACAGUGAGUAUAAAGCUCAGUGGCCCUAGAGGUUACGAGAUUUUUGGAUGUACGUAUACUAUAGAUAUAUGCGCGGAUAGUCUUCUAUGA